AUGGUGUUAGAUCAAUCGAGUGGAAAACGGAAACGCAACUUUGUGACGACCUUAGUCCGCUAUGAUUUCACGGUUUGGAGAUAUCGGUUUGAUGCUUAUGCCAGCAGAACUUACCAACGACAGACUCAGGCGGUUGAUCAGCCAGGAGCAUUACUCAGGACGGCGAACAACUCGCUUCAGAGUCUGGUGACGCCGUCCGUCGAAAGCUUUAGUAACGGCAUCCAUCACCACCUGGGCAUACCAGCCAAUACAUCUUAUGGCAGACCUCGGCCUGAUCAAAUCCAUCCCCUCUCGAAUGUCUGCCCGACGCAGGUGGUCGUCAACUCGCUCAAUCCCCCUCUUGCUCCCACCGGCGAUUCCAUUGAGUAUGCCGGUAAUACCGCCACGAGUAGGAAGUUCCCCACGCGGACCUCUGCCGGACAGGUAUCAUGCCGUGGCUUCUCAGGAGACACAUUUUCAGGUUCCGAUCUUGACAAAUUCCUUCGCUUUUUGCUUUCAGAAGUCGUUGGCAGUCAGCCUCCCGAUAGAACUGGUAGAGACUACUAUUUCUGGCCAAGUAUCCGGUUGGAAGAUGGUGGAGUAUCCGAACAGUCCCCCUUAUAA